AUGGAGAGCCCCGAUCUUUCAAAGGCCGACUUGGCCCGCGACCUGCCAGACCUCCCACCUAUCCCCACAACGCCCAGACGAAGCGCGAGUGCCGCUGUUGGCAAUAUUGCGAGGACGCCAACCACACCGAUGAGGAGUGCAUCUGCAAGAGUGACGAUCAAAGAACCCAGCAUGACGCCUCGGGUGAAGAAGAAGAUCCCGUGGAAGGGCAAGAAUAUUAUGGUUCUUCUUCCCAAAGACGAGGAACGCGGACGCCAGGGCCAUGCGCCCAAGCCAUUGAACCAAAACGAAAUCGAGGGCAUGUUUAGAUCGUGGGAGGAGCUUGGAUACGACAUCAGUGGCUUCGAUUUGGAUCUCGCAGAAGGCACGUACCAGGCCCCCACUGGAUACUCCCAGAGUCGAGACGCCUGGCCUAGCCCCGAGGACCUUGUUCGAGAGCGUGCGCAACAUACAUACAAGGUCACAUUGCCUGAUUUGAAUGCUUGGAGAGACUACGUCAAUGAGCUUAACGAAGCCAAGUUGCGAGCUCUUGGAGUGUCAUUUGGCGACGACGACCCCCCUGCGCCUUCAAUAUCGCCUGCAGUAUCACAGCCCAGCCGACAGGCCUCUGCGCAAUAUCCGCCUUUGCCAUUCUCUCCGCCAUUGCCUACAUCGUCAGCAUCGAGCAAUCAUGUGCAAGGCUACCCGUUUCCGCCUCAGUUCAUACCCGGUGGACGUUCUUCUGCAGGCCACAGCCACAGCCCAAGCAUGGCUUCUCCCAUUGGCUUUGGAAGUCACCCUGCAAAGUACAAUAAUCGACAGUCGAUUUCGAUGCCUGGUCAACCAUCGCCCCUAGGCUGGCCCGGUCCGCACAGAACAGAUUCGCCUGGGCUACUGAACGGGAUCCUUUCUCCCGUCUCACCCUUCAUGCCCGAAGGGUUUGCACCGACUGGCAGCCCUGCUUUCAAUGCGCAUCAACGUCACCAAUCUUUGCAAUACCCCAUGAUGCCCCAUCAGUUCAUGCAGCAGCAACAGCAACCUGCGCGCGCAUCACCACGUCUGCAAGAGGUGCGAGAAGACGAAGAAGAAGAGGAGGAGGCACAAGAAGAGCUGUCUAUCAAGCCCGUGGAGCCCGCACAAGCAGAAAUUGACGAGGCCGAGUACCACCUGGAGGAGCAGAUGCGUAAUGACCCCCACAAUGAGGAAGCCGCGGCGGAGCAACUGGCCAACUUCUCUCAACAGCAGCCUCUUGCACAUGCCAGAGAGGCAUCGGUUCAGUUCCAGGCACCCCAGCAGCUUCCUAAGCAGUUCGGUCCUCAAGGCGGCGAUGGUCCUGUCCUUCACCACCCGCGCCCUCACAGCCGUGGCCACUCUUUGUCGCAAAACUUCUUCUCUCACCAUGACGAGACCCGGCCUCGCGGCGACAGUUUGGCCGGGUGGCACGAGGUUGACGCACAGCGGAUCGAAGAGGCCGCGGAGAUCGAGACCAACCCAAGCAAUCUCGGUACACCCCAGCACCAGCGAUCGUUCUCCACAACAAGCAAUCCUUGGAACGAUGCUUCAUCAAUGUCAAGCAACUCUGGCAUGCCGAGAAGACCCAGCCAUGCCAGCAAGCCUUCGCUCUCUAAGCUCAACGUCAAGGCGCCCGAGUUCAACUUCACUUUCGGUGCCGGUAGCAACAGUAUUCAGCCCUCGGUCUUCCAGGCCGGCGUCACUUCUCCGUCAGCAGGCUCGUUUGGCGCAGGGUCCAUGUCAUCCAAGAUUAAUGCCGCUGCCCCUGUCUUCUCGCCUGGUCAGAGCGACUUUAGCUUUUCUGCCUCUGGUCCCAAGUUUCGACCGGAUGCACCCGCCUUCACACCCUUUGGCAAUGUUUCGGAUUCCAGCGCUGGGAACCGAACUAGCUCGAUUUUCGGCAACAUUGAUCUGAACCUUUCUGACAUUGUCAAGCCUCCCAAGAACCUCAGUGAUAACAAUCAGGAUGAGUCUCAAGACGACCUUCCGGACGAUGCAGAUGGUCGCUUGAUUGAUGAAUCUCGCUACAAGAGAGCAAAGGCGUCCAGAGGAGACGAGGAUGAUGUUCCUCUUUUCGCUGAGCCAUCGCCUGAACCCACAACGUUGCAGUCACUCCAGCCAAGGAAAGAGGAGCAGGAUGCCUCUGACGAGCAAGCUUACACGCCCGCCGAUACUACGAUGUCUUCCACCGUUGCUUCAGAGCACCCUGCCGACUCCAAGGCCGUUACAGCUACUAGCCCUUCGGAUACUUCGCCUGACCAGCAGCACCACAACUGGGCACCCUUCGAAUUCGACUCGAACAACGAUGUCCAGAGCUUUGCCGAAGCCCGACCUUUCGGUAUCGACUCGUACAAGAAGGGCCACAACAAGUCCCUUUCUGCCACUGCCAGAGCAUUCAUCCCUGGCGGCGGCUGGGCGCCUACUCCGGCAACUGAAACCGACGAGGACGAAGAGGAUGAGCGCGACAGAGAAGACACCGUUGAGCCAAUCCUGCCAAGCACCGAGGCGCCUGCCCCGGUCUCGCCACCUCGCGAGCCAUCUACCAAGUUCGCCGCACCCAAGGGACUGGGCGCUUCUCGUUUCGCAAGCCCGCCUAAGACUAAGGGUCUUUCUGCGUCUCGCUUUGCAGCCUCUCCAUCGCCUGCGCGCAACGCCGGAGAAGAAGACUACGAAGACUCCCUGGAAGAGGGAGAGAUCCCCGAGGACUAUGUUGUUUCUGAGGGAGAAGAGUAUCUCGAUGAGCCCAACGCCCACGAGUUCACAUUCCCGGCACAGUCGGCAAUUGAUGCCAGUAACGAGCUUCAUGAGCCAACUUUUGAGGAGAUUGAUGAUAUCAUGAACCACCUCAACCAGAAUGACCCGACAUUUGGUGUCAACAAGGCCAACGACGAGGCCGCCAGAUGGCACCAGCCCAGCCCCAACAGACAGAUCCAGGUCGCAGGCGUCACCAAUUUGUCGCCCUAUAAGAUGCAGGCCGGCAGCCAAUAUCGCAGCAGAACCUCCAGUCCAGUGCGCCAAUACCACGGCCUUCCCGCCGACAACUCGGCAAUGCCGACGACGGAGUUGGAGGAUCCUUUCGUCGAUCCUCCAUUGAGUGCACAGUCAUUCGACGCUCCGAUUACCCACCUGGUUGGCCAAGAGAGUGCUGCGCAGAGCGACUGGGAAGGCGCCUUCAGCGACGAAGAGCAAGCCAAGCUGGAGCAGCGCGUCCAGUUCUUCGACGGUCGUGUCAACGAAGCCGUCGGCGAUCUGCUCUCCGCUCGCUUGGGUCCCCUGGAGAAGACCCUGCUGUCCAUCAAGCAGUCCCUCCGCGGCGACAGAAGAGCUUCAUCUUCCGUCCGUCGCAGCGUCUCCGCCGAGAUUCAACACAGCGACGCUGACGACGAAGAUGAGGAGCCUGUGCCUCGUCGCUCGCUUAGUCCGCGCCGCGACAAGCGCAUGGAACAGAUCCGUGCCGCUCAGCGCGGCGCCGCUCCCGCGCCUCAACUUUUCGCACCUGCCGCCGAUGAGCCUUCCAGCACUGCUGUUCUCAAGGCCCUGGAGGAGAUGAGGGAGCAGUUCGGCGCUUCUAUGCGCCUUGACUUCCGUGGCGAGGAUCUGCGAAACAUUGUGGAGGAAGCUGUUGAGAAGCGCAUGCCAACACCGUCCCAGCAGCCAACCGCUGAUCGUGAUCAUGACGAGGCCGUUAACAACAAGUUGAGUGAGCUCCAGGCCAAGGUCAUGGACCUUGAGGAGCGUCUCUAUGUCGAGCGUAGCAAGACUGAGAAGGAGGUCACCGAUCGCCGCGCCGCUGAGGAUCUCGCGGCAGAGCUCGACAGAAAACUCCAGGCCGCCGAAACUCGCGUUGAAGUCGAGAUUAUGAACAAGAGCAUUUUCGACCAUCGCGUUAGCGACCUGGAGGAUAAGCUCCGACACCAGGAAGAGCGCACCCAAGCCGAGCUUGACGGUCGCAGAACAGCCGAAGAUAGACUCUCGGAGGUUCAGCAGGAGGUCCGCCUUCACCACAAGCUCAAGGCCUUUGAACAGGCCGCUUCCAAGCAGACGAUGCGCAUGGCACUCAUGGAAGCCUCGCAGACGAAUGCUACCCAGGCACAGACUGAACUCACCAACAAGAUCAACGCCAUGGAGGACGAGGUCCGAGGUGCCACCCACGAGGCUAACCGCUGGAGAUCCGAGACGGAGCGCGUGGUUGAGACUGCCCGCAGACAGCAGAUCGACCUCACCGAAACACUACAGGAGAACAAGGCUAUGCAGAAGUUCAUCGACACCCUUGGAACUCAGCUUCAGGAGAACGAGCGCUUUGUCUCUCUCCAAGAAGACAUGGCCAAGGCUGCCCGCGACAUCACUGAGGAGAAUGCACGUCGCACCAAGCGGGAGCAGCAACUCGUCGCUCGUCAAGAGGUCUUGGAUGCUAAGCUCCAAGCCGAGGCCCCCGAGAUGGAGAGAUUGGAGAAUGGCGAACGCCAAGGCAUGCGCGCCGUCAGCGAGUGCAAGCGCCUCGAGGGCCUGCUUGGCGAGAUGAAGACCGAGAACCACAAGCUUCACCACGAAUUCAAGGAAGCGAGAGAAUCUGGCAUUGCCGAGGUCCAGCGAACGCGCGUUUCUAUGCAGCGCGAGAUUGAUGAAGCCAACCACCACGAGCAGGUCGCUAAGCUCAGGGCCGAAGUGGACCAGGCCAACAUGGACGUCGAGACUGCCAAGGCUCACAAGACUGAUGCCAUUGAAGAACUCAAGCGCAAGCACCAGAAUGAGCUCGAGGACUUCCAGACCCAUGGCCAGAAGACCGAGCAGCACCUCCUCGAGCGUCUCAAUCGUGUCGCACAUCUGGAGGAGAAGCUCGAAGUUGCCAAGGAAGCUGCUCGUGCUGCCGCUCAAGCUGCCAGGUCUGCAGGUGUCGAACCAACCAUUGCUGCGGCACCUGCCGCACCCGUCGUGUCUAAGGCUGUGGACCUCCCAGAGAAGAUCUCGCCCCAGGCGUUGCGGGAGUCCAUCAUGGUCUUGCAAGAGCAGUUGCAGGCACGCGAGCAGCGCAUCGAAGAGCUCGAGUCUACUGUCGACAAGCUGGAUCCCGAAGCCCCUACCAAGAUUGCCAAGCGUGACGAUGAGAUCACUUGGUUGCGCGAGCUUCUUGCCGUGAGACAUGGUGAUUUGCAGGACAUCAUCCUUGCUGUCUCUGCUGAAGACUUUGACAGAGAAGCUGUCAAGGAUGCGUCCAUCCGCCUCAAGGCCAAUCUCCAGAUGGAGGAACAGGAACGCGAGCGUGCGAUGAAUGGCGGAUCAGCAAUCAAUCUGCCCAACAUUGCACAGUCGCUUCGGGAUGCUGCAUCGCCUCGUGUUGCUCAAGCCGUAGGCCCCCUGGCAGCAGCCUGGGGUAACUGGCGCAAAUCGCAACAACCCAUUUUCGCGUCAGGCGGACGAAGCGGCAGGCCCUCGACGGCCCGUCCUGCUGUCAACAGCAACCAUACCCCGUCCCGAUCUACCGCAUCGGCUUCGUUUAGCAACAAUCACAACGGACUGAUGACUCCGCCGGCUUCUGGCCUCCGCCAGACCCCUCCUUCGAACGCUUCGCACGCGGAGGAACCUCAACCAACCGCGUUCCAGACCACCGGACGUCGGUACACAGCCCAGCAACUGCAGGCCAGGAAUCGAGGACCGUCCAUCACGGAAGUGCCAUCCGAGCCGAUGCCCCUCAAGAGUCCGCCCGCCCGCCGUCCUUCAAGCCGUUCCCAACAGCCCAUGACGCCGCCGAUGAUGCGCUCAAGCGCCUACGACUCGGAUGCUCACCCGGGCGACUUUGACGACACUGACUUCUUUGAAGACUAA